AUGCUUGUUGACGGGACAGUGGAGGAUGCAUUUGGCCCAGACCAUGAGGCGAGAGAGACAGAGUCAAGGGACCCCUCAGUCCCUAAUCUCCCUCUCUUCGUGAUUGACAAUGGUGCGGACGACUGGCGGAUAGCCAUGACCUACGAACGCAUCCUCUACAUCAGCCUGGAGAUGCUGGUGUGCGCCAUCCACCCCAUCCCCGGCGAAUACAAGUUCUUCUGGACGGCGCGCCUGGCCUUUUCCUACACGCCCUCGCGGGCGGAGGCUGACGUGGACAUCAUCUUGUCCAUCCCCAUGUUCUUGCGCCUGUACCUGAUCGCCCGCGUCAUGCUGCUUCACAGCAAGCUCUUCACCGAUGCCUCGUCCCGCAGCAUUGGGGCCCUCAACAAGAUCAACUUCAAUACCCGCUUCGUCAUGAAGACCCUCAUGACCAUCUGCCCGGGCACCGUGCUGCUGGUGUUCAGCAUCUCGCUCUGGAUCAUCGCUGCCUGGACGGUCCGCGUUUGUGAAAGGUACCAUGACCAGCAGGAUGUAACUAGUAACUUUCUGGGUGCCAUGUGGCUCAUCUCCAUCACAUUCCUUUCCAUUGGUUAUGGAGACAUGGUGCCUCACACGUACUGUGGGAAAGGUGUCUGUCUCCUCACGGGCAUCAUGGGUGCAGGCUGCACUGCCCUCGUGGUGGCCGUGGUGGCCCGGAAGCUGGAACUCACCAAAGCCGAGAAGCAUGUGCACAACUUCAUGAUGGACACUCAGCUCACCAAACGGAUCAAGAAUGCUGCAGCCAAUGUCCUUCGGGAAACGUGGCUAAUCUAUAAACACACAAAGCUACUAAAGAAGAUUGACCACGCCAAAGUCAGGAAGCACCAGAGGAAGUUCCUCCAGGCUAUCCACCAACUAAGGAGUGUCAAGAUGGAGCAGAGGAAGCUGAGUGACCAAGCCAACACGCUGGUGGACCUAUCCAAGAUGCAGAACGUCAUGUAUGACUUGAUCACAGAACUCAACGAUAGGAGCGAAGACCUGGAGAAGCAAAUCGGCAGCCUGGAGUCCAAGCUGGAGCAUCUCACUGCUAGCUUCAACUCCCUGCCCCUGCUCGUCGCCGAGACCCUGCGCCAGCAACAGCAGCAGCUCCUGUCUGCCAUCAUCGAGGCCCGGGGCGUCAGUGUGGCGGUGGGCACCACCCACACCCCACUCUCCGACAGCCCGAUUGGGGUCAGCUCCACCUCCUUCCCCACCCCAUACACAAGUUCAAGCAGUUGCUAAAUAAAACUCCCCACUCCAGAAGCAUUACCCAUAGGUCUUAAGAUGCAAAUCAACUCUCCCCUGGUCACUUUGCCAUCAAGGAACAUUCAGACCAGGGGACAGAAGGAAGAGAGACCACGCUAAUUAACUAAUUCGUGUUCACUCAGCGUGCUUGGUUCGAUAUGCCUUGAAACCAGAAAUCUAAUCUCUGUUUAGGUGCCUCUACUUGGGAGCGGGAAGAGGAGAUGACAGGAAGCGUCGCCUCUG